AUGACCCUGCGGGAGGUCCCAGCUUCGGACCUUAUCGCCCUGCGGCUGUGCAGCAGGAUGCGUCCCCCCGAGGUGCAGGUGCUCGGCCUGGGGCGAUGGGCUCGGGGUGCUCAGCUGUGGGGCGUCCACGUGUUCGGGCUCUGUGCUACGGCCCUGGUGACGGACGUUAUCCAGCUGGCCACUGGCUACCACGCGCCCUUCUUCCUGACCGUCUGCAAGCCCAACUACACGCUGCUGGGCACCCCCUGCGACGCCAACCCCUACAUCACCCAGGACAUCUGCUCGGGCACGGACAAGCACGCCAUCCUCUCUGCCAGGAAGACUUUCCCAUCCCAGCACGCGACGCUCUCGGCUUUCGCUGCCGUCUACGUGUCGAUGUAUUUCAAUUCCAUCAUCUCGGACAGCACCAAACUCCUCAAGCCCAUCCUGGUCUUCGCCUUUGCCAUCGCUGCCGGCAUCUGCGGCCUGACCCAGAUCACCCAACCGGCCAAGGACGCGCUGCGGGCACUGACGCAGCGGGGCCACGACUCCGUCUACCACCAGAACAAGUCAGUGAGCACCGACGAGCUGAACCCACAGACGCGGCUGGAGGAGGCGGCGCGGCCGGUGCCGCGGGAGAAGAACUCCCUGGGCAGCCUGAAGCGGGCCAGUGUGGACGUGGACUUGCUGGCCCCCCGCAGCCCCAUGGGUAAGGAGAACAUGGUGACCUUCAGCAACACCCUGCCCCGCGUCAACACCCCCUCUAUGGACGACCCCGCACGGCGCCACAUGACCAUCCACGUCCCCGUGGACGCCUCCCGCUCCAAGCAGCUCAUCACCGAGUGGAAGCAGAAGUCACUGGAGGGCCGGAGCAUGACGGGCUACUCCAGGCAGGUGAGUGCCGUGGUCUGA